AUGCCACCCUCAACGUUGGCCAAGGCCAUUCAAUUCGGCCCAUUCACUGUAACCUCGCAAGUCUUCUACAAAACACCUCUAUCCUUCUGUCUCGUAAACCUUAAACCCUUAUUGCCUGGCCACAUCCUCGUCUGUCCUCUCCGUCGCGUCCAACACAUCGAUCAGCUCAGCGCCAAUGAAGUCACAGAUCUGUUCAGCACAGUACAAUUGGCGUCGCGGACGCUGAAGCGCGUUUACAAUGCCUCGGCAUGCAACAUAGCGAUACAAGAUGGCGAGGCUGCGGGACAGAGCGUGCCCCAUGUGCAUGCUCAUCUCAUACCAAGAGUAGAUGGCGACAUGGAUGCGCACGGCGGAGGUGACAAGAUUUAUGAGCAAUUAGAAGGUGAUGAAGGAGACGUGGGCAGGCAUCAGAGAGAACAAGAGGGUGUGAGAAAGGGCAAGUUCCCCAAAGUCGAGGAUGACAAGAGACAGCCUAGAAGCAUGGAGGAGAUGGAGAAAGAGGCCCACUGGCUAGCAGAAGAGAUUCAGAAGGACGCUCAGAAGUUCUCGAAUGAGUCUUCGUUAUAG